AUGCCGCCGCAGCAGGAGGGCGAGGCGGGCUACAUCAGCAAGCCGGUGCCGGGCGGCUGCGAGGUGCCGCCGGUGCCCCCGCGCAGGGUGCGCAGCGCCCGGGCGGCGGCGGCGCUGGGGGCGGCACUGGGCGGCCGCUGCCGGGCGGCCGGGGCCGGGGCCGGGGCCGCGGCGGGGGCCGGAGCCGGAGCCGGGGCCGGGGCCGGGGCCGGGGCCGAGCCGCGGCGCAGCAUCAAGUGCGUGCUGGUGGGGGACGGCGCCGUGGGGAAGACCAGCCUGGUGGUGAGCUACACCACCAACGGGUACCCCACCGAGUACAUCCCCACCGCCUUCGACAACUUCUCCGCUGUCGUGUCUGUCGAUGGCAAGCCGGUGAGACUUCAGCUCUGCGACACAGCUGGUCAGGAUGAAUUUGACAAGCUCAGGCCUCUGUGCUACACCAACACGGACAUCUUCUUGCUGUGCUUCAGCGUGGUGAGCCCCUCGUCCUUCCAGAAUGUGAGUGAGAAGUGGGUUCCCGAAAUCCGAUGCCACUGCCCCAAGGCGCCCAUUAUCCUGGUUGGGACACAGUCUGACCUCCGGGAGGAUGUCAAAGUUCUCAUUGAGCUGGACAAGUGCAAAGAAAAGCCGGUCUUGGAGGAGGCUGCGAAGCUCUGUGCCGAGGAAAUAAAAGCCGCGUCCUACAUUGAGUGCUCUGCUUUGACUCAGAAAAACCUCAAGGAGGUCUUUGAUGCAGCCAUCGUGGCUGGUAUUCAGUACUCGGAUACCCAGCAGCAACCAAAGAAAUCCAAGUGUAGGACUCCAGACAAGAUGAAAAACCUCUCCAAAUCCUGGUGGAAAAAAUACUGCUGUUUUGUAUAGAGAUUGCAAGGACCUGAGUGCUGCGCUGAGGAAAUCGA